CACCAUGGUCAGCGACAGGCUCCUGCUUGCUGUCUACUUUUGCGUCUUGUUCUCCAUGGCUGUUGGAGCAGAGAACUCGGACCUGGAGCCAAGAGCCCUGCGAGACUUCUACUCCAAAAACUAUUAUCCCGGCAGCGAGAAGGAACUGCUCGGGGCUCUACACGAGGUGCUGAAGAAACUGCAGACUAAGCGGCUUCCAACCUGGGAGAAGAAGUAUGGACAGGGGCCUCAGUGUAACAUCGGAGACAUGUGUGCAGUGAGAAAAGGACCCAGGAUUUGGAGGACCUGUAACUGCCUGAGUUCGAAAUGUAAUUACUUUCUGUUUAAAUGUGUAUAGAAAUCGGACAAAAUCAUUUCUAUUUUCAUCGGCUAAAUGAAGACAGUUUAAAGAUCUGGUGGAUAUAUUAUAAAUAAACAAAGCAUUGUCAACAUUCCUACUACAUCGAACAAUUCAUGUGUAAUUUAUCCUGUUCUGUGUGUAUAUUCCAGUGCCCCAUGGAAACAUUAAUUAUUAAAUAUGCUAUCCUAUUUCUUCUAAAGCAUUCUGUCUUGAGUCUAGAUUUCAAUGUUUUGGAGCAGAACAAGGCAGUCUUGGUACACUAUUACAGGCGGGGUGGUACU